UGUGUGUUUGCCUGUUCUUUUGUUUCAGCGCUCCGCUUGGUCUUUCCCCAGUUCUCUCUAUUCACCCGCUAAACGCUAGUGCUAAGAGCUGCUGGAAAGCUGCCUGUACAGCCAUUAUAGGGCCCUGCUGUAUUUUAUUUAGACUUCGUUAAAGGGUUUGACAAAGUCUGUCUGUAGGUGCAGAAUGUACAGCUUCAUGGGAGGAGGGCUGUUUUGUGCAGGAGUGGGCAAUAUAUUCCUGAUUGUUUCCACAGCAACAGAUUAUUGGAUGCAGUACCGUCAUUCAAACAACUACAUGCAUCAGGGGCUGUGGAGAUACUGCAUGCCCGGAAAAUGCUUCACACACACCGACAGCAUUGCAUACUGGGAUGCUACACGAGCGUUCAUGAUCUUGUCUCUGUUGGCCUGCUUCAUUGGCAUCAUCAUCGGUAUUAUGGCCUUCAUCCACUACUCUGACAGGUUUGAUAAAACCUUUGCUGCAGGCAUUCUGUUCUUCAUCUCAUGCUUUUUUGUGUUUCUGGCCAUGGCUGUGUACACUGGAGUUACAAUAAAUUACUAUGGUAAACGCUAUGGUAACUGGAGGUUCUCCUGGUCUUACAUCAUUGGCUGGGUGUCUGUUGUGCUCACUUUCUUUUCAGGAAUUUUCUACAUGUGUGCAUACCGGAUGCAUGAAUGCCCCAGAAUGUCAAAUCCUCACUAGAAAACUGGGCUUUAUUAUCAGAAGUAUUGGACGCCUCUUCAGUAUCAAACACCAUUAGGUCAUGAAAAUAAGAACAAAGUCAAAUUUUAAUAAAGAAUCAUAGAUAGUAUAACAAUGUGUGAACACUUACAAUCUUUAUUUCUGUCUAUAUUAUAAAAAAAGUGUACAAAACAAUUGGCGGAGAAUCUGAACAUGACGAAAAAGAGUCAAAAUAAUGUUUUUCUCUUUGUUUUGCCUUCAUUCAUCUUUUCCCUGCCUUUCAUUCAGUCAUUCUUUCUAUGAAGUAAAGUGGUUCUGACACAAAAAAAAAACAAACAUUGAUGCUAUCAAAAAUAUAUGAUGUAUGUGGUUUUUGUUUAAUUUUUUGGAUACUUUUUAAGAUACAUAAGGACUUGGCAUUACACACUAAGCUGGUCGAGCAUGUAAACUGCUCUCAGUGUAAGGAGCGCGAGCUAAUACCA